UGUUUUUGCGCCCCGUUCCCCGCAGUGAAGUUCCUGGCCUUCCUGAGGAAGAGGAUGAACACCAACCCCUCGCGGGGUCCCUUCCACUUCCGAGCCCCCAGCCGCAUCUUCUGGCGCACGGUCCGAGGUCAGAACCCAAAAAAAACCAAAGAAACUGCCUCAGAACACCUCAAAUCCACAAAAAAACUCAAAAUACCCAUUUUCCCCGUUAUUUCCCAUGUUUUUCCCCGUUUUUCCCAAUUUCCCCGUUUUUCCCCGUUUUUCCCAAUUUCCCCGUUUCUUAUCCCAUUUUUCCCAAUUUCCCCGUUUUUCUCCCCGUUCCAGAGCCUGCGCCGCCGCGCCGAGCGCAACGCGGAGAAGAAAACGGCGCCGUUCACGGCCGUGCUGCGCCAGCACGGGCUGCUCCUCUAACUAAUAAACCUAACUGGGACAAAC